AUGGAGGAUUUUAAUUUAAUAGUCCAGAACUUGGAAGCUGAAAAUUACAAUAUUGACUCAGCCAUACUUGCCAUGCUUCAGAUGAACCAGGGGAAAAGAAAUAGUAAGUCUAUUGAAUUAAAAGCCACAAACAAACAGAAGAGGGAGCAGCAGCGACUGGAGAAGAAGAAACGACAGGAGGAAAGGCACCGUCAGAAAGCUCUGGAGAGCAAGAAUAGCCACAGGGACAAUAACAGAAGUGAAACGGAUGUGAAUACGCAGGUCACCUUGGUGAAGACCUUCGCUGCUCUCAACAUCUGA